ACUCAGCUGUUGUGUUUCUUUCCGACUGUGGCUUGGGUUGCUAAUAAAUUUGGAAAAUAUCUAUAAAAAUGGAGAGCGCUUCUUUAUAUUUAGUGGACGAGCGCAUAAAAACGUUCAAAAACUGGCCUUUUAGUGACAAGGACAAGUGUAAUGUGCGUAAUAUGGCUGAGGCCGGGUUUUACUCGGUUGCUACGGGCGACGACGACGCUGAUGCUGCGAAGUGUUUUCUUUGUGGUAAAGAGUUGGAUGGAUGGGAAGCAACCGACGACCCGUGGGCAGAACACAAGAGCCACGCCGCUCAGUGCGCGUUUGUGCAGCUGGGCAAGAAAGAAAAUGACUUGAUGCUAUCGGAAUUCCUAUCUGUGGUCCAACAGUACAUGAUUAACGAGACUACAAAACGGUUUGCAACCAAUGCCAAAGAGAAGAUCGACGAAAAUGCCAAACUGAUACGUCGGAGAAUCAUGGCCUCUAAGUAACUUUCACACCUUAGAUUUACACAACACUUGCCCUGCCCAUUAUGACGUGGCUCGAUUAGGCUCACAGUUAGCCCCCUUAUGUAUUUUAAAUGGAAUGUCUGAAAGUUUCCGGUGUGUCACUUGGCAACUCAAUCAGUGAGCAAGCAACAUUAGCUGCGAUACUGAUUGAGUCACAGUAAACAUUGCUCGUGAUCGGCAGCGUAUAUGGCUAAUAUGCAACAGCUCGCGGCUCAAUUGAGACACCACUCUGAGUCAGUCAGUGGAUAGUCACUGUGAGCCAAUGGGACACGGCCUUAUGGAUUGCUGGAACAAGUUUAUAUGUAAUCUAGACGUCAUACAUUUAAUUAGCCUAGUAGUUUUAAUUAAUUAUAAAAGAAUAUAAUUAAUAAAUAGUGAGUUUAAAUUACUACAGUUUAAUAAAUAUUUUCUACUUAGCAUGACGUAAAUAGAUUUGCAAUGUUAAGACAAAUACUGUGCCUUAUAGGCAAGGAAUAUAAUAUUUUGUAAAAAAGUAACUUGAAAUUAAUAUUUGAAUACUUAGGUUUUAAUACUAUUUUUUGACUGUAUGAGAAUACUGGAGUGAUUGCAUUAAUGAUAUUAAUAAUAUUCAUUGACAAUAAAAUAUACAUAAGUUCACGCCCAGGGGAAGGCAGAGACAAUAGAAUAUUAAUUUAAUAUUGGUAUUAAUACCCCAACAGUGAAUGCAGUUGUGAUCUUAUGUUAGACUAAUUUUAUGAUUAUUAAACUUGAAAAUCUUGAAAUGCGAUGACAUUAAAAAAGUAGAAAAUUUAAUCUUUAUGUAAGGCCCUACCUGUGAAGCGUAAUAUUUUUAUUUUAUUAAAAAAUAAAAAUCUUACUGAAUUGAAUUCGAAUAAUGAACUGUAUUUCUGUGCAUCAAAUACAAUUACAUACAUGAACUAUGAAAAACAAUAAACAAUAUGUAAUAAUAA